UACUGAGGAUGCUGCAACGUCUUCCUUCACCUCUUCAUCCACUUCAUUGCUCCGACUCAACAUGACGACGAGUAGCAAGCCAAGCAACGGGGUCGCAAGCAACGGCAGCGCGCAUCCGCCAAGCACGCACACGGAUGUGGCAUCUACCUUGGGGCGCGACCACUCCUCCACGACGAAUCCGCGGCGCACGCGUGGCUUUUACGUCGCCGCCCUCAUCGCCGGCGCCGUGUGGUUUGUGACGCCCGCAAGCUGGCUGACGGUGCUCUACUACCUCGUCCUGCGGCCCUUGCUCAAGGGAGACCGGCUGCCGAGCGCCGGACUGGCGAGGUACAUGCCUGCCGUGCACGCGCCCCUGGCCUCCAAAUUCUGGUUCUACUACGCCUGCCAGGAGGUGCCGUUCAGCAUCUACCUUCGCUAUCUCAUGCGACAGGCUCAGAAGCCGAGGCCGUUGCCCAAGAUCGACACCGAUAUGCUCGAGAAGCUUCUCACAAAGUGCCUGGAGGUCGGCCUGAGUCGAGAGGACGUCAAGGCGGCGGAACAAGUCGCAGCCAACAACGUGGCGAAGCGACGACGAGGAAUGCAGAAUGGCAAUGGAAAGCAUGACGAAGAAGAAGUGGCCCACCAAGGCGUGGCUGCGCUCAAGGAUCGGCUCAUCCACCAAGAGGAGGCAGACGAGCAGCGCGAGAAGCUCAGGAUCUGGUUCCAUUACGCGCCCCUCGAUGAGAUCUACGCCGACAACGUACGACAGUGGCUCGCGUGGGCCUUUGCCGGCAGGGAGCUUGAGCAGGUCAAGGCAGACGCCGAAAUCUACCAGCUCGUCGAAGCUGCACUGGAAAUGACAAAGAUCAGGCUGCAGUGGUUCGACCUCAAGCCCGGCUACAACCCCAAACACAAGCCACUCAGGCUCACCAUCGACCCUGUCAAGGUACUCCAGCGGCCAUUGGGCCACUACGUCGUAGUCAAUUCCGUCACGGCCGCCACAAUCACAUGGCUGCGUUUGGCUCACGGUUUCCGCUACGAGCAUGUAGGCCGCUGCUCAUUCCUUGUCAAGCCGCCGAUGUCGUCAGCGAGCAGCAACCGAAAGGAACUCCCCAUCCUCUUCCUCCAUGGCCUCGGCAUUGGCAUCGGCCAGUACCAGCGCUUCUUGCAGCGCUUGGCCCGCCACAAGGACGGCGUUGUCAUCAUGAUCCAGCCCCACAUCUCGGCCGGCAUCUACUCAUCGCACUUCCUCGAGCCGCCGGAGAAGAACGAGCAGGCCCAAGCCACCGUCGAGGUCCUCAAGCGACACAGCAUGGACCGUGUCACGGUCUUGAGCCACUCUAACGGCACCAUGGUGCAUGGCUGGAUCCUGCGAACGGCUCCGGAGAUGUGCGCACGUAAUGUCUUGGUGGACCCCGUCUCGUUCUGCCUGUGGCAAGGGGCCGUCUGCUAUGCCUUUGUGUACCGCAAGUGGGCCACCUUUAUCGAGGUGCUCCUCGGCUACUUUGUCGCAAGAGAGGUGGGCGUCGCGCACACCAUUGGACGCCGCUUCAUUUGGUCCGACAUGUGCCUCUGGGCAGACGAACUGCCGACCCUCGACCCGAAAGAUACGCACUUCAUCUUGGCUGAGAAGGAUCUUCUCGUCGACGUGCCCGCAUCGACUCAAUAUCUUCUCGAAGCCGGCGUUGACCCCUCUACGAUUGAUGUGGUGAAAGGCUAUCAGCACGGUAAAGCCCUCAUGUUCGAUGGGGAGGGUAUGGAUCUCGCCACCAAGCAUGCCUGUAUAAACUAUUAGUAUACCCAUCAAGAUACUUUCUCUCUUUUCUCGAACCCUCUCUUUGGGUCUCGUCCGCAAUAACGAUUAGAGAUACGUGCCGUUUAUUUGAUCCGGGUCGACUGUGUCUUCAGGUUUCUGAUGGCACGCUCGAAGUUCGCUCACCUUCCUAAUCCUGCCUUUAAGGUGCAUACUGUAUCUCCAAUCAACGCAGAAGCCCUCUUCAAGUACAACUUUAUCCGCUUGAUCUUUGUGGAAUCCUCACAAUGCGAAACCAUGUAGAGUCGGAUGUAUCCUCGGAAGACGAUUGUGCUGGGAAGAAGGUCAACGUCAUUUGGUCCCUUAUUCCAAGCUCGACUUCCGUGCUUGCCCCUAAAUCACCAUGCGAUGCGCCACGGCGCUCAGGCCGCCUUGGCAGGAAUGCGUCUUUCUCGCGGUCCAUGCGUUGCUCUUCUGUGGCUGGCCGA